GCAGGCGCAGUUCCUGGCCCCGCGGCGUGCUCUUUUCCUCAAGUUCCUGGUAUCCCGGCCGGUGAGCGCCGCCGGCUUUUCGCGGUCUCCCUGCUGCAGCGGCUGCCUCCGGUCCCGUCGCUCUCCGUCCUUCAGCUCGGAGCCACUGCUCGUGCGCGCACGCCGCCGCCGCACGCGACAAACUCAUGGCGGAGCGCGGGGAACUCGAUCUGACGGGCGCCAAACAGAACACGGGCGUGUGGCUGGUCAAGGUUCCUAAAUACUUGUCCCAGCAAUGGGCUAAAGCUCCUGGAAGAGGUGAAGUUGGGAAACUGAGGAUUGCGAAGAAUCAAGGAAGGACUGAGGUAUCUUUUACUUUGAAUGAGGAUCUUGCAAAUAUUCAUGAUAUCGGUGGGAAACCAGCUUCAGUCAGUGCUCCUAGAGAACAUCCAUUUGUCUUGCAAAGUGUUGGAGGACAGACAUUAACAGUGUUUACUGAGAGCUCCUCAGAUAAACUGUCAUUGGAAGGAAUAGUGGUACAGAGAGCCGAAUGCCGACCUGCUGCCAGUGAAAACUACAUGAGAUUAAAGAGAUUGCAAAUAGAAGAGUCUUCCAAACCUGUAAGGCUGUCACAGCAGCUAGACAAAGUUGUAACGACCAAUUACAAGCCUGUCGCUAACCAUCAGUACAAUAUUGAAUAUGAAAGGAAGAAGAAGGAAGACGGAAAGCGAGCUCGGGCAGACAAACAACACGUCCUAGACAUGCUGUUUUCAGCCUUUGAGAAACAUCAAUACUAUAAUCUUAAGGACUUAGUGGACAUCACAAAGCAGCCUGUGGGAUACCUGAAAGAAAUCUUGAAAGAAAUUGGCAUUCAGAAUGUAAAGGGGAUUCACAAAAAUACCUGGGAGCUGAAGCCGGAGUACAGGCAUUACCAAGCCGAAGAGAAGAGUGACUGAGAAGCAUGCGGGUGCUGAGCAGUGAGAGGGCGCCGUCAGCCAGCGGCUCACACCGCACUGACCGCCUGCGGGACAGCACAGACAGCAGGUCGGCAGGUCCUCUCAGGAACCUGUUAAAGCUGGCGUUCCUUCCAUAAAGUUUCUCAAGUGCUUUUUAAAGAGAAAGGUGUUAUUUAUAGACUAAACUUGGGUUAAAUAAACCAUAGCAUUCAGCUGGGCAUGCUAGCGCAUGCCACAUGUCCAACACUCUGGAGGACGAGGCAGGAAGAUGCCAGUUUGAGGCCAGCUGGAACACACAGCAAGACCCUCCCUCACAAAAGUAAAAAAUGUUUUCUUGGUAUGGAUAGGGGGUUGAGAAUUAAAACUGCUUUUGUUUUUAAGGGUUAACUUUUCAAGUAUAAGUAGGAUAUUUCCUAAAUGAAAAUUGUCUAUAUUGCUGAGAAACUAAUGAGAGAGGGUCAUCAACUACAGAAACUGUUAAGACAACACAGUCCAAGUUCCUUUUUCUGAAACUGAAGAGGGAACUCGUCUCCACAGAGGUCAUGUUCACCUUCAAGCUUACAUCAAUAAAGGGACCUGUUCACUUUGUACUAAACAGCAGCUUUCAUCAUUGGUCUAUUUUACCCUUAUGAUACGAUAAGAGAAACAGUCCAAACUGUGGGUGUUAGUGUUCCUUUUUGUUUACUUUUAAAAUAAGAAAAUCAGGGCUAGAGAGUGGGUGCAGGUUAUGGGCAUACAUUGCUCUUGCAGAAGAUAUGAGUUUAGUUCCCAGCAUUCACUUAGAAUGGCUCACAGCUGCCUAUAGCUCCAGCUCCAAGGGACCCAUACCCUCUUCAGGUCUGCUUAGGCAGCCACACAUACAUUCACACAGACACAUACAUGAGAAUGUUUUUUUAAAUCUCUUAAUAAUCAUUGAAAAUUAAGAACCUUUGCAUUUCAAGAUAAAUCUCCUCUAACCAGAUAUAAGUUCUUUGGAGCCUGGCUCUGGCCUGAGAAUUUCACUUCCCACUCUGCAGGCAAGAGCUGACCUUUGACUAUCAGAUCCCAUUGCCAGCUGAGUCGGGGCUGUAGGGUGGUGCAGCUGAGGUAGAAAAGGCUGGCACUGUUUCCUAGAGCAUCCAAAUACCCUUUUCUUGUCAUCUUUAAUUGAUUGUGGAUGGAAGCAGUCCAUGCACACCAUGAGUUUCUUCUAGACAAAAUGCCACGUGUUAAAGCAGUCCUAAAUCACACCUGCCAUGCAAAAGAUCCUUCAACAAAGUAGGCACAUGGAAAAGUUGCUUAGAGCUCAUUUGCAUUUUAUUCUUUACUCUGGAUGCCUGCAGCCAAGCUGUACAAAUGCCGGAAAUGUAAGAAAAUGUUGUAUAAUUAAAGCAAGGAAAUAAUUUUUCAUUAAGAGAAGGACCUUAGCCAGUGGUGGAGGUGCACAUCUUUAAUCCCAGUGCUCAGGAGGCAGAAGCAGGUGGAUCUCUGACUGACUUCCAGGACAGCCAGUGCUACACAGAGAAACCCUGUCUCAAAGGAAAAAGAAAAGGGAAAGGGAGAAGGAACUUACACCAUUAUUUGCUUUAGUGGCAUAUCACCAGAAUGCUGAGGGUAAGUGCCGCUGUUGUAAGAACAGUGUUGUUUUGUCCUCCCUGUAAGACACAAACCUACUAAGGAAGGUAGUCUCGGUCCUCACCCACCCUCCUGAUAUAGGAGCCAAGUAUGCUCUGCCCCUUGGCUCCACUUUUUAAAAACCUUGUAUUCUCUGACAAUUUCAUGCACGUAUCCGUUGAUCACAUCCACUCCAACUUCCAUUCCCCCCACUUGUGCAUAACUAGAAGCCUAACGUCCAGAAGCCUGUGCUGGUGUCAUGGUAACUGCAGAACUUAGUGUGUGGGUAAAUUUUACAGUAUGUGCCAUCCCACAGGACUUGCCAUCAACACAAGGAUGCCCUCUCUGCUCAGUUUGUUUUUGUAGAUGUCGGUAAUACCACCAUCUCCUUAAUAGAACACCAAGUUGGAAAUUAUACUGGACGGCUCUCUUGAGUCUUCCUCUGGUUACCAUUUCAGUUUUUCUGUAUCAGCCACAGCCUGUUAGCUGCUUUGCCUUUCAUCCAGUGAGAUAUUCAGAGGCCUGACUGGCCUUCCCAGAGACAGCACAGCCCUGAUGAGGGAACAGAGUCAGGCUCAUAGCAGACAGGAAACGGAUGAGCAGAGCCCUUCCUUGCAGGGCUGUUGAGUAUGCUCCUGAGGAGUCUUUGGUAACUCGAUGGAAGGAAGAAAGACGAGUUCCAGUAGGACACACACAGAAGAUACAACAGCAGCAGACUACCAUGCAGGUCCUUUAAGACCGUCUGCUGCCCACUUGACAUCUUCUAGACCACCGGUGAUGCACUCCCAGGACUCAGCUGUGACAUUAGUAAGCACUCAGCUGGAUGUUCAAAGGCGUCUGUCACAUGUGGACCUCCAAAGAGACAGUGCUGUGCCUUGAACUUCAAAAGUGAAUACUGUUCUUUCCACAGUGACGCUAAAGGGGAGAAUUCAGUCAUGUGUCACCAAUAUGUUCAGCAUACAGAAAAGUUGGCAUCACAACUCUGAAAAGAUCUCUCAGAACCAGUAACAAAACAAACUACAUGGUUUUAAAUUGGCAAUAAAUGUAAACAUAACGUUUCUUAUAGGGUUGGAUCAGUAGCACAUGAAAAGCUGCCCAACAAUCAGUGGUAACUAGAGAAAUGAAAUUAAGACCAUAAAAAUAUGCCACUUGCCUGCUGGGUAGGUAAAACCUGUCUAUAGAAACUUGGCAGUAUCAGGGGCUAGUGCCCAAGGAAAGCGGCCAGAACUCACAGACACUGUCCAUGGUCCUGCAGAAUGACGCAGCUCUUGAAAAAAAUUUUAGAAGCUUCUUAGAGUUAAGCAUGCAACUCUGCAGUCCUGCUACCAGGAGAUGAAGAUGCACAUGUUUAGAAACCUGUAGCUUCAGCCGGGCGGUGGUGUUGCACGCCUUUAAUCCCAGCACUCGGGAGGCAGAGCCAGGAGGAUCUCUGUGAGUUCGAGGCCAGCCUGGUCUACAGAGCGAGAUCUAGGACAGGCACCAAAGCUACACAGAGAAACCCUGUCUGGAAAAACCAAAAAACAAACUUGUGGCUUCAAUUUCAAUCACCAAAUCCUGGAAAGCACUCAGAUGUGCACCAGAUAGAUCAGACUUUGGUAUAGUCUUGUAUUGGGUCUCUUCCCAUACUGAAGAUGAGGGACUCCUGAUACACGCAGUUGGAUAGAUCUCUGGUACAUUUGAUGUGGCCACCUACUGUGUGCUUCCAUCCAGCAUCUGCAAGAGCAGAACAGGGGGAAAAAUGUAGGCCAGUAUUUGUAUGGGGUAUACUUAGGAGAUACUAUAAAGACAAGGGAACUUCGGACAAUGAAAAAGCUGAUUGCUUCUGUGAUUAUAUGAUAUGAAUGAAAAUUUGAUGUGCAUGUUUAAAAGGUGCCUUACUGCAGAUAAGUCUUGUCAGGUGUGGUGGCAUAUGCCUGUAAUCCUAGCAGAGGGUAAACUGAGGCAAGAGGACUGCACUUCCAGCCCAGGCCACAUAGCAGGACCCUGCCAACAGAUAGUUUUAAAGGAGAGAGGGACAUGUUUUCAGACUACUUAAAUUUGGCGGGGGGGCAGACUAGGGAGUUAGCCUUGGGCCUGUGCAUACUAGUUGUGUUCUCCACAAAGCACUUAGUAUCCCAGACAGGCCUGGAGCUUUGGAUCCUCUUACCUUAGCCUCCUGAGUAGCCGGGGUUGUAGGCCUGUACCACAAGGCCCUGGUCAAACUGACUUUUUCAAAAUAGAGUGAAAACGAGAACAAAUGUCCAUUAACAGGGAAGGUUAAGUAACUGGUCUAUGUAAUGGAAUGUCUACAACAGUUUAAAAGAAUGUGGUAUGCUGUGGUGAACUGACAGUUUCCUGCGCUUCAGUAUCAACGUGUUUCAGAACAAUGCUAAGGGCUAGAGAGAUGGCUCGGUCGUUAAGAGCACAUGUUGCUCUUGCAGAGGACCGAGUUUUGGAUCCCAGCUCCUACAGUGAUUCACAGCUAACUAACUACAACCCCAAUUCCAGAGGCUCUGACCACCAGACACUUGGUACACAUGCAUGUGUGGCAAAAAGGCAAAACAGUCAUACACAUGAACUAAGUAAAUCCGAAAAGUUAGCAAAUGUUAAUUGUGGGUGUUUGAAAUUCUGCAUAAUGUAAGCAGGAUAAACUUUUAAGAACACUUUUUGUAAGAUGCUGGUUACAGUAAUAAAAAUAAAACUAGCUAUUUUUUGAGAGCAUA